AUGAGUUCCGUUUAAAAAGAAUUACAGAUUUCAAAUUGCAGCGAUCGUGGACUCUAUUAAGAUGGGUCAUGCUAAUGUGAUUUGGGGUACUUCGGAGAUGAAUGUGAGUUGAAACUGGAAGAACUUCACAUGGCAACUUAUUAUACUUUUAUAGGAUUCUUCUUAAUACUCUUUACAAUCCUCCUUCUUUUUACUUUAAAACAAUUCUAACAAUCUCUCAAAAUGAAUAAAAUCCCUUCCUAUCAGAAGUAUGAAAAUAGAUGAUAAUUAUCAAUAGAGGAUGUAAUUAUAUCAAGAAUGUCCUGGGAUCCCCAUUGAAUUGUAUUUUAUGUCUAACUAUCUUACUAAGUGUACUCAAGAUACUAUGGUUAGGCUUAGACCCCUUUUAAUUAUAUGUAUUCUAAUCAUUCAAAUUCUUAAUAGGAUUAUAAGGAAAGAGUUUGUGAAAGAAUUCUGGCAGAAGUAGUUUAUACGAUACUAUUUUAUAUCUAUGGAAUUUUAUUGAUGGUUUGGUAUACUAUGUAUGAUGAAAUCUCAUUUAACAUUACUGAGAAGAAAAACAACACUUUAGAAUAAUAAUCAGCCCCCAAAACUGAGAAUAGAAAAUUCAUUCUUACAUAUUACAAAGACAUCAUGAAAAUAAGACUCUUCCUUGUCUUAAUUAUUUAAUUGACUGUCAGUACACUAAAUGGUAAUUUUCAACCUUUAAUUAGGAUUAAGAUUGGGUCAAUAAUAUAAAACUAUCUUAUAUAUUGCAUACGCAGUACUGUUACUCAAUUUCAUGUAAGUUGCAAUCAUUAAUAUUAGUUCCUUUAUUUUUGAAUUCCUUCUAUAUGGGAGAUCCCUCAAUCAAUGCAUAGAACAACAACUCAAAAGACUGGAUUAAGAUAACAGAUAACAAGAGAAAGAAGAGAAGCUGAAAUUCUCAUUAAAUAAUUAGCAAGUAAACUUAUCAUAAUUAUUAUUAAAAGACUAUAUUAUCAAAAACAUAGUUGAUGAUUUAAUAGGAAGAUCAUUUGUAAUCACCAGCUACUCCUGACUAACAAAUUUUAAAAUUAAGUUCCCUAAGUGUAAGUGAUGAAAGUCAAAAGGAAACAUCCAGAGCCAUAGCCAUCACUCAAAUCGAUAAACGCUAAUAUCAUACUUUUUUGAAGAAGCAAGUGACGUUCAGAUCACCACAAAGCACCCCUACAUAGCAGAAUACUGAAAUUAAGCGUGAAGCUAAAAAAUGCAAAAUGAAAACUAUUAUUAGUGAAGAAUCACAAAAUUCAUUACAUGCAGAUGAGGGGUCUAAUCAUUAGAAAGUUAAUUCUUGUUUAUUGAAUGAGGAAGACUUUGGUUAAGUAGAUUUGUAAUGGAAUAUAAAAAAGGAGAGAAAUAAUAUCAAGAAGAUAAAAAAACAAUAGAUUAAAAUUGUAGAGAAAACUAAAUCAUCAGUAAAUGAAAUCAAACGAUAAAAUAAAACACCUAAAAAAAAUACUAUAAAUUCAGUUAUCAAUCUAGAUUCCUUUUAACUUGAGGAUGAUAAGAAAAAUAAAAUAUAACUUGCUCAGGAGUAUUAAGCUGAGAUGCUUGCUCAAUAAAGAUAAAUUAGAACUUCAAAUCUAAAUGCUGAUAAAAAAGUACUUGCUAAAAUCCAGAUGCUCAUUUAUAUUGGAGUGUUUCUAGAAAUUUGCUUUGGAGCUUUGUCUGUUGUUAUUUUAUUAACUGAUCUACUUAAAAAACCUGUAGGUUAAAUUGAUGUUUAUUUUAGGUACUAUUUGCUAUUUGUACAUUUCAGCUAUGCUUCAAUUCUUAUCAUUGAUUACUGUGUUGAAACUAUUUCGAGAUGUUAGGAGCUAGGAAGUGUUGAAUCUAAUUUGGAUUCAAAAAGUGGGGAAUAGAAAGAAUAAGAUUAAUCAGUAGUACUACUUUCAAAUUCCUCUUGAGUAGACAAGAGCGGAUGAAUCAAAGAAAAGAUUUGAACAAAGAAUCAAUAUGCAUAGAGGAUGA